AUGACAACUGCUGCAGAUGCAGAUGCCCACCCUCCUCCGACGCCGCCUCCUCCUCCUGCCCCCGUCCCCACUCCCCGACCCAAGCAUUCCCAUUCCCGUACCUCGAGCCUUCAGCCCGGCCCGGUUCCCGUGUCGGCUGAACACGGCGCGGCAUCUCCGUCUCAGAGCGGCGGAGGAGUCGCUCGUCGCACAGCCCGCACGGCACCUCCCGAUCCUCUGUCAGACAAGGCCACGGCUUUUCUGAUCCGUCGUGUCCUCUGUCCCCAAAACUCCGACAAGGGCAGGGGCUCUCCCGCGCCCAUCCAAGACAUCUUGCCGCCUCUUUCCAGCCGCAACGAUGUGGACCUGCAGCUCUAUGCCCUGAUCGCCAUCAUCUUGAGGGAGUACGUGCAGAACUGGUACACCAAGAUCACGGCCGACGAGACCUUUGUCGCCGAGAUCGUCCAGAUUAUUGCCCAUAUCACCAGGGCGCUUGAGCAGCGGCUGAGAAAGGUGGACCUCGAGAGCUUGCUAUUCGACGAGCUUCCCGAGCUUCUCGAUAAUCAUGUCACUGCCUACCGAGCGUCCCACGACCCCAUCACGCAGCCCCCAGUCCAGACGGACCCGCGCGAGAUCUACCACUCGCUAUGCCCUCUGCCUGCCCUCUCACCGGUUCUCCGCUCGGCAGACCCCGAGAGCGCUGCAGCCCAGGCCGAGAACGAGGCAGCGUAUCGUCAGCUGCUAGUUCAAGCCGUCUUGGCCGUGCUGCUCCCCACCGAGGAUCUCCAAAACGGCUGCCUGACUGCUUUGGUUGGCCAGAUAUUUUCCGAGCUAAUAAUCGGGAACGCAGUCUCCAACAGACUAUCGGAACCGUGGCUGAUUUGGGAACUCCUCAUCAUUGUUUCCAGGACUGGUCGUGGACGGAGCAUCUCCGAAGACGGCAACCUGCCGGGGAAGUCGAGAAAUGGGCUACGGGGUACCCGUAGGGCCCUCUCGCUCCAGGCCGUGUUCUGGACAAUCCUACAGUGGUGCUUUCUUGCGACUUCGCUCGUUAGGACGGCUUUCGCAAUCCUUGUCAUGUCCCGUUCGCUGCCUCCACGAGUCCUUCGCGGCGCGGGCUUUCAGAAGGACAAGGACCAACACGAGGUUGGAGCGAAAAACGAUCCACAAGCAUCCAACACACCAGUGUUGGCGUUCCGAUUGUGGUGCGCCAUAUCGAAUCUUACCGAGAUGGACGCGCGGAUGCCCUGGCUCUGCGGCGCAUUAUCGAUGCUACAGUGGAUUGCCAUGACGGGGCCAGGACGAAUCGCCGCUUUCAACGGGAGGCUUGACAGGUAG